CCAUUCAUCAGCUAUCUCUCCGUUCACGUAACCGCGUCUGCUUCUUCUUCCUUCCCGUCCAGGUAAAAAAAAAAAAAAACCGAAUCCCCCACAAACAAACCCCCCUUUCUCGCGCACCGCCUCGCAGAGUCGCACCAACAAAUCCCCUGAACCCCAACGCGAGUUCCCGGCGGCGGAGCAGAGGAGAUGUCGUACGCCUACCUCUUCAAGUACAUCAUCAUCGGCGACACAGGUGUUGGCAAGUCGUGCCUGCUGCUGCAGUUCACCGACAAGCGGUUCCAGCCCGUCCAUGACCUCACCAUCGGCGUCGAGUUCGGCGCCCGGAUGAUCACCAUCGACAACAAGCCCAUCAAGCUCCAGAUUUGGGACACGGCAGGCCAAGAGUCAUUCAGAUCUAUAACUAGAUCAUACUACAGAGGAGCUGCUGGUGCUCUUUUGGUCUAUGACAUCACCAGGAGGGAAACUUUUAAUCAUCUCGCGAGCUGGCUGGAAGAUGCAAGGCAACAUGCAAAUGCUAACAUGACAAUAAUGCUAGUUGGGAACAAAUGUGAUCUAUCUCAUAGACGUGCCGUAAGCUAUGAGGAAGGUGAGCAGUUUGCAAAGGACAAUGGUCUGAUCUUUAUGGAAGCAUCUGCAAAAACCGCACAAAAUGUUGAGGAGGGUUUUGUCAAGACUGCUGGAGCAAUAUACAAGAAAAUACAGGAUGGUGUCUUUGAUGUAUCUAAUGAGUCUUACGGAAUCAAAGUUGGCUAUGUAGUCCCUGGCCAAUCUGGAGGUGCUGGUGCCUCAUCUUCCCAAGGUGGUGGCUGUUGCGGCUAAUGGAAUGGUGUACAAAAAAAUGCCUGUCAUGUUUCACAUCCCCAUUGCAUUAUUUCACGUUGCCCAGUGGAAAUGGUUACUCCAGGGUGCAUUGUUAUUUCGCGCACCUAUGGAAUAUGUCCCAGCGAACUAGUCAAUAGAUUGAGUUCUUUUAUGUCAGCUGUUCUUUAAACUGUACAAUCACUGUAAUCUAUCGGAUGCUUCCAGUUUCAUGCCAUUUAGCAUCCACGAAUAUAUCCAUAUGCAUGUGUAAUUAAAUAAGAAUGCAUGGUUUGAUGUGGUUAUUUAAAUCCUCUCAAAAGGUUCUUUUCA